AUGGUUGGCAGCAUGGAAGCUGGCAGCAAUGUGGGGGGCAGCAGCGUGGGGCGCAAAUCCCAGCGCAGCAGGGUGGUUUGGCAAGCCUCUCAAAAGGAGGCCCUGCUAUCAGCUUUCAGCAAGAGUCCUUACGUGAGCUUUGCACAGAGGCAGAACCUGGCCAGUCAAAUGGGGGUCCCCGAUUCCUGCAUCCGCGUGUGGUUUCAGAACCGCAGAAGUCGCACUGGAGCCGUGGGGCAGGAGCUUGGUUCCAGGGCACAGGGUGGAGGCAUGCCGUCAGACCACAGGCGGCCUCGCACUCGAAUCACUUCAGCCCAGCGCAGGAUCCUACUGCAAGCCUUCGAGAGGAACCCGCGGCCAGGCUUUGCUACUCGGGAGGAGCUGGCACAGAGGACAGGUUUGCUCGAGGACACGGUCUACAUCUGGUUUCAGAACAGAAGAGCGCGGUGCCUCAGCAGGGGCAGGCCCACAGCUCAAGAUCAAGACUUGCUGGCCUCAAGUGGGGCAGAUGAGGCCCGCGGAGGUGCGGGUGCCAGGGAGCAUGAAGGUGCCCGGGACAGUUUGUUGCCCCUGGCUGCUGCAGGGCUUACAGAUUCCUCCAGUCCCAGCGACCUGCCAACCUUCUGCACAGAGUCCCAGCUGUGCCAAUCGGAAGAGCCCUGUGGACCAGUCCAAGAAGAGGCCCCCGCUCAAGCAAGGAACACAGGCCCUCUCGAGCUGUUCCUUCCUCAAUGGCUAGACCAAGCCCAAGCGGAGGAGCUUGUGCCAGCCCCUCUGGAUUUGGAUGGAGUUCUGGAUGGCAGGGAGCUGGAAGGUGCCCACGACAGCUUGUUGCCACUGCCUCCCACUGGCGGUGUGGCCAUGGAUCCAUCGAGUCCCAGCGACCUCCCGACCUUCUGCACAGAAUCCCAGCCAUCCCAAGUGGAAGAGCCCUCCGGACCAGGCCAAGCACAGGCCCCCACUCAAGCAAGCAACACAAACCCUCUGGAGUUCUUCCUUGAUCAACUGCUGACCGAGGUCCAAGUGGAGGAGCAUGGGUCAGCUCCUCUGGAUCUGGAGCCAAUAGACACAGUGCAAAGGCGUGGCAGGUGUGGCGCUUGGAAACCUGACCCCGAAGGGAAGGUCCUGGUGUUGGCUGUAGCCCAAGGCGCGUGUGGAGUAGGCGGGGCUAGCGGAGCAGAGGCAGAGACCAUGGUUGGCAGCAUGGAAGCUGGCAGCAAUGUGGGGGGCAGCAGCGUGGGGCGCAAAUCCCAGCGCAGCAGGGUGGUUUGGCAAGCCUCUCAAAAGGAGGCCCUGCUAUCAGCUUUCAGCAAGAGUCCUUACGUGAGCUUUGCACAGAGGCAGAACCUGGCUAGUCAAAUGGGGGUCCCCGAUUCCUGCAUCCGCGUGUGGUUUCAGAACCGCAGAAGUCGCACUGGAGCCGUGGGGCAGGAGCUUGGUUCCAGGGCACAGGGUGGAGGCAUGCCGUCAGACCACAGGCGGCCUCGCACUCGAAUCACUUCAGCCCAGCGCAGGAUCCUACUGCAAGCCUUCGAGAGGAACCCGCGGCCAGGCUUUGCUACUCGGGAGGAGCUGGCACAGAGGACAGGUUUGCUCGAGGACACGGUCUACAUCUGGUUUCAGAACAGAAGAGCGCGGUGCCUCAGCAGGGGCAGGCCCACAGCUCAAGAUCAAGACUUGCUGGCCUCAAGUGGGGCAGAUGAGGCCCGCGGAGGUGCGGGUGCCAGGGAGCAUGAAGGUGCCCGGGACAGUUUGUUGCCCCUGGCUGCUGCAGGGCUUACAGAUUCCUCCAGUCCCAGCGACCUGCCAAACUUCUGCACAGAGUCCCAGCUGUGCCAAUCGGAAGAGCCCUGUGGACCAGUCCAAGAAGAGGCCCCCGCUCAAGCAAGGAACACAGGCCCUCUCGAGCUGUUCCUUCCUCAAUGGCUAGACCAAGCCCAAGCGGAGGAGCUUGUGCCAGCCCCUCUGGAUUUGGAUGGAGUUCUGGAUGGCAGGGAGCUGGAAGGUGCCCACGACAGCUUGUUGCCACUGCCUCCCACUGGCGGUGUGGCCAUGGAUCCAUCGAGUCCCAGCGACCUCCCGACCUUCUGCACAGAAUCCCAGCCAUCCCAAGUGGAAGAGCCCUCCGGACCAGGCCAAGCACAGGCCCCCACUCAAGCAAGCAACACAAACCCUCUGGAGUUCUUCCUUGAUCAACUGCUGACCGAGGUCCAAGUGGAGGAGCAUGGGUCAGCUCCUCUGGAUCUGGAGCCAAUAGACACAUUCUGUCCACUUGGAACUUGCCAGAAUAUUAUAUUUCUAGAAAUUAUUGACAACCCAAGCUUCCUGUUAUACUGCUGGGAAGAAGAUGUGGCCAAUGCUGUCAUGAAGUCCAAGAGUUUGAUAAAACCGCAGAAGUCGCACUGGAGCCGUGGGGCAGGAGCUUGGUUCCAGGGCACAGGGUGGAGGCAUGCGUCAGACCACAGGCGGCCUCGCACUCGAAUCACUUCAGCCCAGCGCAGGAUCCUACUGCAAGCCUUCGAGAGGAACCCGCGGCCAGGCUUUGCUACUCGGGAGGAGCUGGCACAGAGGACAGGUUUGCUCGAGGACACGGUCCUACAUCUGGUUUCAGAACAGAAGAGCGCGGUGCCUCAGCAGGGGCAGGCCCACAGCUCAAGAUCAAGACUUGCUGGCCUCAAGGCUUACAGAUUCCUCCAGUCCCAGCGACCUGCCAAACUUCUGCACAGAGUCCAGCUGUGCCAAUCGGAAGAGCCCUGUGGACCAGUCCAAGAAGAGGCCCCCGCUCAAGCAAGGAACACAGGCCCUCUCGAGCUGUUCCUUCCUCAAUGGCUAGACCAAGCCCAAGCGGAGGAGCUUGUGCCAGCCCCUCUGGAUUUGGAUGGAGUUCUGGAUGGCAGGGAGCUGGAAGGUGCCCACGACAGCUUGUUGCCACUGCCUCCCACUGGCGGUGUGGCCAUGGAUCCAUCGAGUCCCAGCGACCUCCCGACCUUCUGCACAGAAUCCCAGCCAUCCCAAGUGGAAGAGCCCUCCGGACCAGGCCAAGCACAGGCCCCUCAAGCAAGCAACACAAACCCUCUGGAGUUCUUCCUUGAUCAACUGCUGACCGAGGUCCAAGUGGAGGAGCAUGGGUCAGCUCCUCUGGAUACGGACCAAUAACACACACCUGAGCUUUCUCUUUCUCAAGAGGAUUACCAGUCCCUGGUGGAUAUGCUCUGA